AAACCGGGAAUGCCCUCCCAAAACGUUUACUUUCACCACCGCAGCCAACUUUGGAACCUGUAAUUGUCUUUAUGGGACAGAGGCACACCCAGGGGAAGAUGUGCCCAGGGCACUCAGUGCCCACAUCUCCUAGUCGCAGAGCUUUGCUUUGCCUCUGACCAGCCACCAAAGAACGGGUAUUCCCAGCAGGGGCCUCAUCUCCACCUUGACCGGGAGCAGGACAAGGAGAGCAGGCCCCAUACCCGAAGGAGGGCUCAGCCUUGAGAUUAGGUUGGAGACACAACAAGGGGUGGGGACCCCGAGGGCGGGGGCGGGGCGGAGCAGGUUAGCUUAAAGAGCUCAGAGACCCGAGUCUUGAGCGGUGCACUCCCUGGACCUCUCCCCACGGUCUCCCCAUGGACCGCACGGUCGUGCUCAUCACUGGCUGUUCCUCCGGCAUCGGCCUGCACCUGGCCCUGCGUCUGGCGUCCGACCCCUCCCGGAGCUUCAAAGUGUAUGCCACGCUGCGGGACCUGAGGGCGCAGGGCCCUCUGUGGGAGGCAGCCCGGUCCCGAGGGUGCCCUCCUGGCUCCCUGGAGACGUUGCAGCUGGACGUGAGGGACGCGGAUUCUGUGGCCGCUGCCCGGGCACGCGUGACCGAGGGCCGCGUGGACGUGCUGGUUUGUAAUGCGGGGCGGGGUCUGCUCGGGCCGCUGGAGGCGCAUACGGCUGGCGCAGUGGGGUCCGUGCUGGACGUGAACGUGGCCGGGACGGUGCGGACACUGCAGGCCUUCCUGCCCGACAUGAAGCGCCGCCGCUCGGGACGUGUGCUGGUGACCGGGAGCAUGGGCGGCUUGAUGGGGCUGCCGUUCAACGCGGUUUACUGCGCCAGCAAGUUCGCGAUCGAAGGUCUGUGCGAGAGUCUGGCGGUUCUCCUGCCUCCCUUCGGGGUCCACGUGAGCCUCAUCGAGUGCGGCCCGGUGCGCACCGCCUUCCUGGAGAAGCUGGAGGGCGUGGCGGGCGGCGUGCUGGACGGCGCGGACGCGGAGACCCGCCACCUCUUCUCCCGCUACCAGCGCCAUCUGGAGCGGAUCUUCCGCGAGGCGGCGCAGGAUCCGGAGGAGGUGACUGAGGUAGGGGUCGGGCGCGGUCCGGGGAGCAGGGACGGCGCGCGGCGGCGGUGGGGGGUGGGGGCGGGGGACCCAGCUCCCGCCAGCGCGCCUCCUCCCGUCGCGGCAGGUCUUCCUCGCCGCGCUGCGCGCCCCGCGCCCCGCGCUGCGCUACUUCAGCACCGAGAGUUUCCUGCCGCUGGCGCACCUGCGUCUGGCCGACCCCAGUGGCUGCAGCUACGUCGCCGCCAUGCACCACGCGGUGUUUGCCGACGAUCCCGCGGAGGAGCCGACCGCCGCGGCCCCGGGCGGCCCCGAGCUCCGCGCUCCUCCCGCCACCGCCGCCCCGCAAUAAAGGCUUGGUCCGCCGCUGUCUGCUGCUCUCUCCUUUGUGCCCCAGGGGCGCGCGGUUCUGCGGGACGGCGCCAGGCUGCCGGCUGCACUGCUCCGGUGGGACAAGUGGCGCGUGCCGCGGGUGGGCGAUCUGGAAAGAUCGUGGUUAGCCCGGGUUAUAGCUGUGCGGAAACUGAGGCCCAGAAAGAGGAAGAGGCUAGCCCGAGGAAGGACAGGGCGGCGAGUGGUCCCUGGAUUCCCAUGCGGUGUCUGCAGCAGGCGUUAGGUGGACCGGGGAAGGGCGAGAGCCAGGUUGUGACUCGCCCCCCCACCACUGCAACACACACACUAGUCAUGGGAUAUCAAGCAAGGGCCUUAACCUUUCUCCCACUGUUCUCUUACCUGUAA